AUGGCGCACUGUACGCGCAAAAAGGUAGCAGUCUUUGAGUUAAGAAGAGAUUGUAUUCGAACCAGGGAAGAUAUUGAUAAAAAUGUUAAGAAACUAAGAAGUCAAAAGGAACCGCAGGUGAAAUGCUUCAGCCAACCAGAAAUAGUUAAUGUUAGUAACAUGGAAUAUUUGAAAGUCCUGCUACACCUGCUACACACUAUAUCGAUGUUGCCAGCCUUGGUAAGCGUUGACCAGAAGGUUUCGUUGCAUCGGGCAAUGCACAUUUUGAAGGUUUUUGUGCUCUCCUUUGAAUAUCGCCCACCAAGAUUGUGGGCAUCAAAUCAACAGUCAUCAACAACUUUCAGGAACAAAAUUGGACUCAAAGGACUUUUAGAAUUCCAUGAAAAACAGGACAGUUCGUGUUGGUUCAAAAUUAAUUUGUAG